AUGGCGACCUCCGCAGCUGGCCUGCUUGGCCGUCAGCUGAAACAGAUGCAAUCAGACAAGGACAUUCCAGGCAUAAGUUGUGGGCUCGUGGACAACAACGUCUUUGAGUGGGAGGUCAUGUUGAUGAUGAGCGACGAAUGCAAGUUCUAUGGUGGAGGCUUCUUCAAGGCACGUUUGAGCUUUCCAAAAGACUAUCCAAUGAUGCCACCAAAGAUGAAAUUUGAGACACCCAUAUUCCAUCCAAAUGUGUAUGACAACGGCGAAGUAUGCAUCUCGAUAUUACAUCCUCCGGAGGAAGACAAAUAUGGCUACGAAUCGGCCGCCGAGAGGUGGUCCCCAGUUCAGAGUCCCGAAACCAUAUUGCUGAGUGUUAUAAGUAUGCUGAGUUCCCCCAACGACGAGAGCCCAGCAAACGUGGAUGCUGCAAAAAUGUGGAGAGAGGAUCCAAAAGAAUUCAGAAGAAGGUGUAGGAAGGUCGUGAGGGAAAGUUUGGGAGAAGAGUGA